UUUUUAGACUCGAAAUCGCGCUGAUCGUUGUAAACGAUGUUACGGAAAUUUGUGUUACUUGCCUUAUUGGCCUUGUCGGCAACGGCCUUGAAUUUACCUGGUGUACCAACGGAAUUCUCAGAUGAUGAUACGGUGUUAUCAGCUAUUUCAGAUGAAAUUGCCAAUAAAUUGAGCGAAGAAUAUUUGCACUACCUUGAAACCGGCAUAGAAUCGCCCGCUCUAAAACAAAUCUCCACCCAAUUGAGCAAAUCUCAUACCAAAGACAUAUUCACUGCCAACGCCAACGAAUUGAGUACAGCCAAUCAAUUUUUCAUGUGCACCACAUGUCGAGCUGUUACCAAUGUCAUAUCUCGUACCUUCCGUUCGGACGAGGGUGAAUUGAACGGUCCCAAUGCUGAAGCCAAUUCUAAAAAGGUAUUCUUAGAUUUGUGUGCCCGUCUCAAUAUCCAAACUCAAGAGGUGUGUUCGGGUUUGUUCGAUCUGAAUUGGGAUAUUGUUCAUUACAUCAUUAUGAAUUCGGAUUCAGAUGCUCGUUCACUCUGUGGCACUCUUCCCAUUAAAUUCUGUGAGGUUAAGCAAGAACAAUUCAAUUGGCAAGUGAAUAUCGAUAGUGGCAAAGGUCCCCUGACGGCUCCCAAGGCAACAGUGCCCAAAAAGACUGCAAAUGAUUUGAAUAUUGUCCAACUUACUGAUAUUCACUACGAUCCUGAAUAUAAACCUGGCUCUUUGGCUGAUUGUGAAGAUCUUUUGUGUUGUCGCGAUAAUCCUUCGACUGGCAUUUCUGUAGAGGCCGAAGCUGGUUUCUGGAGUGAUUAUCGUUAUUGUGACUCACCCUUGCAUAUGAUUGAGAAUGCUUUUGAUAGCAUCAAGGAGACAAAUCCAAAGAUUGACUACAUAUAUCAAACUGGAGAUAUUGUGCCGCACAAUGUUUGGUCCACCACCAAGGAAAGCAAUAAAGAAAUGUUAACGGAAAUUCAUGAUUUAAUUGCUAAAAAGUUUGGUGAUAUUCCGGUUUUCCCAAUUGUAGGCAAUCAUGAGCCUCAUCCGGCAAAUAUAUUCGGUCACGAUGAGCUGCCCAAUGAUAUGAAAGUCUAUUGGCUCUAUGAACAUUUGUGGAAUGUUUGGAAACGUUGGUUGCCUGAUGAUGCCGAAGCCACAAUUUUGAAAGGUGGCUACUAUACCGUUUCGCCUAAGCCCGGUUUUCGUGUUAUCGCUCUGAACAACAACGACUGCUAUCUCUUUAAUUUCUGGGUCUUCUUUGAUGGCAGCAUAACAAGUCAACCACAAUUGGAUUGGUUGCACGAUACCUUAUUGGCUGCCGAAAAGGCAGGAGAAAAAGUACACAUCUUGGCUCAUAUACCUUCGGGUAGCGCUGACUGUUGGUCUGUGUGGGCUCGUGAAUACAAUCGCAUCAUUGAACGUUUCAGUGAUACCAUUAGCGGUAUCUUCAAUGGCCACACACAUAGAGAUGAAAUGAUUUUACAUUAUUCGCAGCAAGGUCAUCCCAUGGGUAUUUCCUGGAAUGGUGGCAGUUUAACUUCGUAUACCAAUAAGAAUCCCAAUUACAGAUCAUAUGAAGUGGAGCCAGAGACUUAUCAAGUUGUGGAUCACACCACCUGGAUUUUCAAUUUGACUCUAGCCAAUGAGAAGGGAGAAAGUACCAAACCCUUGUGGUAUAAGGAAUAUCAUUUCAGCGAGUUCACCGAUGACUUGAGCCCUGCUGGUAUUGAUGCUUUGUUGGAAAAAAUGGCAGAAGAACCAAAUUUAUUACACAAGUAUUGGCAAUAUAAGUCAACCUCAGCUGAUCCCAAGUUGGCUGCUGGCUGCAAUGAUAAAUGUCUUUUAAGCACCAUUUGCUCUUUGGCUACUUCCGAGCAUGGCGAAAACACUCGCUGCAAGGAGUUAAAGGAGAAAUUAAGAGAUACGUUGAGUAACCUACCCACCGAUACUCCCACUACAGAGAAGCCAGAUGAUGAAGAUGAUGGCGCUGCAUCGUUAACCGCUUCCAUUACCUCUAUUAUUGCUAUGCUAUAUUUAAUCAAACAACUUGUAUUGUAAGAAUGAUAUGUAUAUGGAUUCGUUAUUAA